CCGCGUCUCCGCUCCUCGAUGCCACCAUUGCAAGACACGCUGCGCGGCUGCAGUUCAGCAACACCCUCGCCGAUGACUAUUGACCAGUAAUCCGUGCAGGAUGCCCAUUUCUCGGAAGAAGGCUUGCUCGUCAUGUCGGGGAUCCAAGACGCGCUGCAGCUUGGACCUACCCUGCGCGCGAUGUGUCCAGCGACAUCUCCGCUGUGCAUACGAGAGAGUGCCAGCGCCGGCGCCAGCGCUGGGCCAAGGCCACGGACCCUACCGGAAGAUUGCUCGCUCUGCGGCGCCCCUUUCGCCGCGAGCAGGGCAGGGCCAUGAGAACGACGCCGAUGCUCGCCAGGUUCCCUCGCACGGGCCCUGGCAUCUCCUGCCCGGACCCUGGCAUCUCCCGCUUGGGAAUGACGUGUUUGAGGACCUGAACGCUGGGGACUUGCCUAACACCGUCGCGGCUGAUUCCCUCCCGGCAUCGGCCACGAGCUGCGAGGUGAACACCACCGGCACAGUCGGCUAUCUGGACCAGUGGGAAAGCAGCAGCAUGGCGCUGCCUCCUCCGACAAGCGACAACGCGCCCCAGCCGCUAGGUACGUUGUCUGUCCAGCCGCUAGGUACGUCGUCUGUCCAGCCGCUAGGUAGUACGUUGUCUGUCUUCCAGAAUCCCGGGACCUUGUCGCAGCGCAAGAUCGCCAAGCUAGAGACGUAUCUGUCGUCUAAGGUGCUCUUCGGCCAGAUGAUGGCAUACCCGCAGAUGAUGACGGACGGCAGCGGGCGGCUGCCACCGUUCAUCCACCCGCAGUGCGUCCUCGACGGGAGGUCGGCGACGGAAUGCACGUCUCGCGGCAGCGGGAACCACACCUGCCUACCCGAGACGCUCGCCACGUGCACCAGCCUGCUGCACAUGUUCUUCACCCGAACGGCGGCGAGCAGCGACUUUGUGUGGAAGACGAUAUUCGACCACCAGCGGCAAAUCCGCUGCAGAACACCUUCGCUCGACGUUCAGGAGCUGGUCGAGGCGAUUCAGGCGACAGUCAUGUACAUCUUGAUACAGGCUCUGGACCUGCAGACGAUCCAGAAGAACGAUGCGCGCUCUCUGGUCACGACAACAAGUGAAAUCGGAACACGGCUGCACCUGCUCAACGGCUACCAAGGCAUCGCCGACGGUGUGCUAAGCCGGCGCGAGUGGGUGACGCGGGAGUCGGCGCGAAGGACUAUCUGUCUCUUAUACGGAAUCGAGCGCGUCUUUGACGUCAUCUUCUCGUCGUCGGGCCGCGACUUUUGCGCGGGCCACUGCUACGUGCCGCUGCCUUCGCCGCGCUACCUGUGGGAGCCCGUGGACAACGUGACGUGGACGGCCAGGUACCAGAAGCACAACUCCAUGAGCAGCAGCUAUUCCUCCUCCGCGCGCCGACAGCCGGGGACAUGCCUCGUCAUGCAGGAUCUGUGGCGGCUGCGCCAGGAGAGGAGCGGAACCAUUGCCACGUGUGAGUCGGCAUCUGACGCGGCUGGACGUGAGGGCACCUUCAGGGAUCUGGAACACUGGUGCGAGACUAUCGAUGAGUUUGGGUCGCUGGUCUGGAUGGCCGCCAUGAUGGACGGCGCGUGAUUUGUUUGACAGGGGCUCUCGACUCCCUCCUCGAGGCGAUGACGGGCCUCGAGGCGAUGACGGCAUCGAGGCGAUGACGACCUCGAGGCGAUGACGGGGUGAUACUGCAGCAAU